UUUGUCUGUGGUAGCCGGAAGUGGGAUCCACGAGGUUGUUCCGGUUCUACUAGCACUUAGUUACAAUAGCUUUAUACAGCUGUCAUAUGGUAGUAGCGCUUUUUAUUUAUUAGUCAUGGCAAGUCUUAAUUCCAUCCAGAAAAGUAGUCAUGUAGGUGUAAUCAAUGAAGGGGACUACGUGAUGCUGAAGAAGGGCGACGUCUACAAGGCUGUCCAAGUGCUGAAACGGAGAAAAAUCAUCUUUGAAAAACAGUGGUUCUAUCUUGAUAAUGCUAUUGGUGAGCAUUAUGGCAGCAAAUUUGAAGUAGCCAGUGGGGGAGGACUUAGGUCUAUUAAAGAAACCACAGAGGACACUUCAGCAGAUGUUAAGGCAGCUGGUGCAGAUAAUCGGAACAUUGUUGAUGAUGGAAAGUCACAGAAGCUGACAAGAGAUGAUAUUGAAGCCCUUAAGGAGAAAGGACUGAAAGGAGAGGUAAAAAUAGAUAUGAUGGUAGAAAACACUGACACCACUUUCCGGAUCUCUCGACCCAUCAGUCGGGACAGCUUCAUCAAAAAGUCAUCCAAGAAGUAUGAAACGACUGUGACACUUCUCAGACCUACUGCUCGUUUGCUCGCAUUGAUGUAUAUAGAUAGAGAACCUAGCAAAAUCUGCCAUUUGCGAUAUGACACCCUGGCUCAGAUGCUGACUUUGGGAAAUAUCCACGCUGGAAGUAAAGUAAUCGUGAUGGAAACCUGCGCAGGACUGGUAUUAGGUGCUGUUAUGGAAAGAAUGGGAGGAUUUGGAUCUGUUAUUCAUGUAUACCCCAGUGGAGGACCAGUUAGAGCUGCAACAGAUAGUUUUGGCUUCCCUAGCUCAUUUUAUAACGGUCUGUAUGGGUUACCAGUCUGCAAAAUAAAACCUCUCCUUUCUGGAACAUUCUUUGCAAAGUCCUCCAUAAACUCAGAACCUGAAGCAGUUGCUUUAGUAGCAGAAGAAAAUGAUAAUGCAGUUGAUAAAAAAAAUCAUUGUGAACAGGAGGAAGAGGGACAGUUAAACACUGCAUCCACUACUGAUGAUAGUCGUACUGCAGGAGAGGAAGAAGAGAGAAUGGAAGUUGUUUCAGAAGAUCCAGAAAAGCAGGAGUCCAAGGAGAAAAGCAGAAAGAAAUGUGACGAUAAUGCUCAAGAAAGGAGGAGGAGGCAAGAAGACAAAAUGCAGAAGCAGCUGGAAGCAGCAAAUUUGUUACGUGACAGAAAUGCUGAUGGGCUGAUCAUCGCUUGUAGGUUUCAUCCGUGCCAGUUGCUCCUUUCAUUAGUGGAAUUUCUUGCGCCAUCUAGACCAUUUGUUGUGUACUGCCUUUACAAAGAGCCAUUGUUGGAAUGUUAUACUAUGUUGCGAGAAAGAGGUGGUGUUGUCAGUCUUAGAGUUUCUGAAACUUGGCUGCGGCAUUAUCAGGUUUUGCCAAACCGAACUCAUCCAAAGCCAAUAAUGAGUGGAGGAGGGGGCUAUCUUUUAACAGGAACCACAGUUGCCAUGAAUUCUGUGAAACUUGCAGCAGAUGCAUCAGACUCUCUGAAGAAUGAAGAGCCAGCCUGCAAAAAGCAAAAAACAGAGGACUCUUGAUAAACUUUUGUCUGAGUAGUCUGCAUUUCCUGUAUAGUAUUAUUUUAAAUACCACAGUUUUUAUUUUAUUAUAAAAAAAUUCAGCUGACAUGUCAUUGAAUAAUAUCUUUCCUGUACAGUUUUCAGUUUUUUUUCUAAAGGUUUUUAUAAUGAAUGUUCAUUUCUACAGUAUGUGGUGCUACGUAAGCUGUAGUGUAUGAAUGCUUAUAGUUUCAAAGAUGUUACACAUUUUGUGUUUUAAAACGUUUUUGGAGAUAAUGCAGAUUAUAUUUAUCAUUUAUCUUGUAAUGAUGUAUUAAAUUUGAUCUAGUUCAUCAUUUAA